CAUAAAGCCAAAAUAUCCUUUUAAAUUUGUUUGGCUAGGAAAAGUGAGUUGACUGUUUCAAAAAUAUUUAAAAAGUAUCCUUAAGCCAUAAGUGACUUUACUAUUAAAAGUAUAUAAUAAAACAAAAACAUUUGGCUAUUAAUAUCGACAUGUAAUCGACUUUGAAAUUCACUUUUAACGGCUGCCCCGGCAACGAGUGGCUCCAAAACAAAGAACCACGCGCUUUCACCCCCAAUCCUCAAAUCCCGCCAGUUAAGUUGGCCCCUUUUCGGCAGUCAAGUAGACUUUCACUGGAAGACAGCCAAAAAAUGUCACACAAAAGGUUUUAUGUGAAGUUGGAUUUGCAACUUCAUGCGCUCACCUGUCCAGGCGUUUGGCUCUGUUCGCACGGAUUUUUGGAGGCCACCAUCAAGACCUUGGGCUACUACUUUCGAACCGGUGCGAUGGAGCCGAGAUUUCCGAUGCUGUGUCACGAUCAAUUCACGAUGGAGGGAUACUUCAAGAGUGUGGGCUGCUUGGAGGACAUGCACGAGCUGCUGAGAGCUGAACAGUUGGAGAUAACCGUCUGGCAGAAUGGUCGCAGGCUGGCCUACUUUGUGGGAAAUCUCUCGGAUGUGAUGCAGCCCACGAUUCCGCGAUUGAGCUGCGCCCACAGCUCCAAUGUCCAGCUGUUGAUGAAGGCCACGCCAGCGUUUCCCGGGAUCCUGGCGCCCAAAGUGGAACUCUCCGCGCAAUUGACCACACAGGAUCGAAGAAAGGGCUGCAGUUGCUCUAGUUUCAGAGAGCAACCCGUUCCUCCGCCAAAUCGCCAUGUGGAGAGCCGUUGCCUGGACCAUUUGGACCAGCCUCGGAAGCAGCAAUCUGUGUGCCAUGGCAGGAAAUCCAAUUGUUGUCCAACUGCGAGUUACACCGGAUGGAGAGGAGACUCGCCGGAGCAGCAGAAACAGCAGGAACGACGUCUGUCCACUUGCUCGAGCACCACGCAAUUGAGUAGUCUCAGCCAGAGUUCCUCGCUGACGCAGUGCAGCCACUUCUCCAGCUGCAGCAGUCCAUCAGACGAACAUCACAGCAGUUGUGACAUUUGUCAAGCCUACAGACGUAUGUUUCCUGCUUAUUAAACAAACUAGAAUAUAAUAAAGGA